AUGAAAUCUUAUUUUCUAUCAAAUUUAAUCAAACAUAUUCAAUAAAAAUAUAAAGAAGUUAAAAAUUAAGUCAAUUAAUUGUAAAAAGGAAUGGAAAAUAAUAUUUAAGAGUUGAAGUUUAAAAAUAAUUAAUUGGAAAAUGAAAACAAUGAUUUGAGAUAUAAUAUUUAAGAUCUGAAGUGCAUAAAUGACACAAUAUAAGAAGAAUACAAUAUGAUAAAAUAAUAUAAUGAAGAAUUGCAGCAUAAGAAUAAAACUUUAGAAAAUGAAUUAUAAAAAUAUUUGAUUAAGAAUGAUGUAUCCUACUGUUUAAACUAAUAAAAAUAAUUAAUUUAAGUAGUACCCUUCAAUUAUUUUAAAUAAUAAAUCCUAAAGUAUUGA